AUGUCGCGGCUUUAUUUACGGCUACCGAGCAUGCCGUCGUUUCAUCAUGCCAUUACAUCCUUUCUAGGCUUCAUGGAUCUCAAGAUCGGCGCAUCCAUCUUGACCCUCUUCGCACUCUUCAACAAGACAGCAGGUAUAUACGGCAUCCUCGCGGUUUUCCAAGGAGGCACCUUCUCCCAAGUAGCUCUCUACGUCUACUCAAUAGCGACCAUCGUUUUGUUCCUGUGGGGCUUGAAAGGCAUAUCCGACGAAGAGGCACAACAUGUGCUCACCUAUGCUCACCUCUUCACACUCGACCACAUGGUCUCCACCUUCUGGACGCUCCUCUUCACCUUCAACUGGUGGUAUUUCACACCUCACGAUGGUCAGCCUACGACCAAUCAAUCCUCGCACCAAACUGGGCUGAUGGACCUCAUCGAAACCAUCGAGUCGCAAUACAGAACACCAGAGCAAAUGGCACAGCUCCACCACGAUAAGCUGACACCAGAACAGCGCAAGAUCAGUGCACAACGUAUCUGGAAGGAGGAAAAAGACUUCUCUGCAGCUGUCUUGAUACUGGGAUGGCUGGUGAAGAUCUAUUUUGCGCUGGUGCUCUACUCGUACGCAUUACAUUUGCGUCAUGGCACGUAUCGCGCCUUGCCAUUAUCGAAAGCCUCAUCCAAUUCUGCAGCAACGCGUUCGGGCGCUGGUCGUUCCGAGUAUCGCUACCACCCUGUUGUCGAGCAAGAGGAAUUGGAGAACUGGAGCGAUGACGGUGAAGCAGAUGGAGAUGCGCAAGCAGCCAAAGGAAAUGGCACAACGACAUAG